AGUCGGCGUUGAUCGCUAGUUCGCGGCGGCUGGUUUCCCGCCAUUUCCGAUCAUUACAGAACGAAGUUCGCGCGAUACGACAGUAAAAAAGUUCCAUUAGGUUUUUCAAUCGUAACUGUUUCACUUUUAUGAGUGUUUUGUUUAAGUUUUUUAAGAAGAAAAGUUAUGUUUGUUUUGUGAUUAUGUUUUGUUUUGUGAGAUUUAAGUUUUAAGUGAUUCGAAAAGUUUCGCGAUGGCAGAUGCUAGUGACAGCGAUAAGGAAGAAAAUGUCGAAGAAGAGGAGGGCACAGAGCUGGAGCUGGAGGCUCUAUACAGAAGAUACUGCGUCAGGUUAAAACACGCCCUAUUCGUAUCAGCACUAUGUGUCACAUUGGCGUGCAGCGUCUCCCUCCUGUGUGCAGUCUGCGUGCUGAAUCCACCUGACUACAUCACUUCCGUGGCAGCUCUAUCCGUGAUCAUCCUGAUCCUGGCACUGGUGCUGGCGGCGGCGCUGCUCCCUGCCGCGGCGGAGUGCGAGGCGCUGGCGCUGGCAGGGUCGGUGCUGGUGACCCUGGCACUCGGUGCCGGCACGCUGCUGGCCACGCACCACGCGCCGCUGCCGCUCACCGCGCAGAUACUGAUGGUGCACACAAUGAUGCCGAUCGCCCGGCGCAUCGCCCUCGGCAUGGCGACGGCGCUCACACUCGCCUACAUGGCGCUCGCCCUCGCCAUCGGACCCGAGAACAACGAGGCCACGUUUUAUCAGCAGCUGAUCUGCGAGCUAGCCCUCCUGCUCUCGGCCAGCGGCAUCGGCCUCUACUACCGGGCGCUGACGGAGCGAGCCCACCGGGACACUUUCGCCGGCACCCGCACCUGUCUCGAGCAGCGCGUGAAGCUUGAGUGUGAGAGGGAACAGCAGGAGCGACUGUUACUGUCCGUCAUACCGGCGUAUAUAGCUAUGGAGGUAAAGCGCUCCAUAAUGCUGAAGAUGGCGGACGCUUGCGCCGAUAGCUCUAAACAGACAAGGUUCCAUGAGAUGCACGUGCAGAGGCACAAUAAUGUCAGCAUCCUGUACGCAGACAUCGUCAACUUUACACCCUUGUCAGAGCGACUGAGCGCCUCGGACCUCGUAAAGACGUUGAAUGAACUCUUCGGGAGGUUCGACCAAAUUGCUCAGGAGAACCAGUGCAUGCGCAUCAAGAUCCUGGGCGACUGCUACUACUGUGUCUCAGGGCUGCCAGUAUCGCGGCCCAACCACGCCUACAACUGCGUCAACAUGGGGCUGCAGAUGAUCGAUGCUAUACGAUUCGUCCGAGAAGCGACCGGCUUCAACGUGGACAUGCGCAUCGGCAUCCACACGGGCAACGUGCUGUGCGGCGUGCUCGGCCUGCGCAAGUGGCAGUUCGACGUGUGGAGCGAUGACGUCACACUCGCCAAUCACAUGGAGGCGGGCGGCAUCGCCGGCCGAGUCCACAUAACAAAAGCCACGCUGCUGCAGCUCGGCGGGCGCUUCGACGUGGAGCCCGGGGACGGCGCCGCGCGGGAGGGGCACCUCGCCGACCACAAGGUGGAGACCUACCUCAUUGUACCACCUAAGAAACCAUCGGGAAUAUCUGAAAACGGCCGUCUCUCAGUCUGUACAGUAGACCGGAAAGCAAGCAUCGUCAGCUCAAUAUGCCAAGAUGUAUCGCCGACGAAAUACAAGGACAGCAUCUCUCCCGCUCCCUCCCAGAACAGCUUCAGCAUGCCAGAGCAGGACGUUGUGAGAGUGCUGAGGACAGAGUCUAUACGGACUAAUGCUGGAGAUCUCAGUAGAAGAGCAUCUGUGAGAGAUGGAGGGAAAACCGUUGCGUUCGAAGUUGGUGGCGAACCUGCGUUUAAUACCAAUGGAAUCACAACAUCGGGUGGAAAACCUAAAAGCCGAAGCGGAUCUAUCAUUGGAGCCAUCAGUCCUAUCAUGGGCGUAGAUAGUAUCUCGUUUCCAGCGACGCCGGGGGUGCCUUCAAGAUCUCGACCAUCGAGCAAAAUGACGAAAUACGUUGAGUGCUGGGGAGCAGACAAGCCAUUUGCCAAUAUAACUGACUCUACCCUGGCCAAAAACAUUGGAAUUUCAAGUUUAGCAAUGAUAGAACAGAAUUUGUUGCCACAAAGGACAACUUGCUGCGAUUGCAGCAACAACUCAGAAGGCAUGAACCCGGUGACUCUCUGGUUCAAGAACUCCACCCAGGAGCGGCAGUACCGCGGCCAGGCCGACCACCAGUUCAAGUACAAUGUGGCGUGUGCCACCGCGCUGUUCAUACUGAUGGCUUUUAUACAGCUGCUUGUGGUGCCUAAAGGCCUCGUGUUUUAUGCAUCAUUUGGUCCCACAUUCAUCACUCUACUGGUGUUUGUGUACUUGUCCUGGUUUGAUGGUCACAUGUUCGAGAGAGACAUGCGUCCCCUGUCCGACGUACCAAUGCUCAGGUCUAUGUACGCUGACAACUGUGUGAAGCCCGGCCAGGUGGUAGCCAACAGCCGGUUUAUAAGACUGACAAUGUUUGUGAUCUCAGUAUUACUUAUAACAGCAUGUGCUGUUAUAAACCUGUUCCAAUCUGAUAUAUUAAUAGAGGAAGUAUUAGAACAGAGUACAAUCAUGACAAACUUAACAGAAGCAACAACAACAAAUACUUUUACAAAUUUCUCUUCGAACCAAAACUUGCCUAACGCUUCAGUUCUGAUGAAUACAACUGAAACUAUCAAUAUUAUUCCGUUUUAUUCUGAUCUGGAUGAAGCAGCCCCUAUCUACCUCUACAGCUCAGUGCUAACCCUGGCAUCCAUAUCAGUAUUCCUGCGAGUCGGGUUCAUAUUCAAGCUGCUGCUCUCAAUAUGCGCCCUCGCAUUCCACAUCACGCUGUUCAGUUCUGCUGAACUGUUCCAGGUUUAUAGAGAGGGGAGUGAGGAAUUCUCAACCCUCCCGUACGCGGCCAAAGCGGGGCUGGUUCUGGUGUUCCUGGCGGCGUUACUGCACAUCCUGGAUAGACAGAUCGAGUUCACGUCCAGGACCGACUUCCUGUGGAAACACAAGCUUAAGUUGGAACAGGAGGAGGUGGAGACUAUGAGGGGGAUUAAUAAGAUUUUAUUAGAGAAUAUUUUACCAGCUCACGUUGCCCAGCACUUCUUGACAUCAGUGGCCUCAGAGGAGGACCUAUACCACGAACGCUACUCGUGCAUCGCAGUAAUGUUCGCGUCCAUCCCGAACUACAAGGAGUUCUACGACGAGACGGACGUCAACAAGCAGGGGCUCGAGUGCCUGCGUCUGCUCAACGAGAUCAUAUGCGACUUCGACAAGUUGCUACUGAAGCCCAAAUUCAGCUGUAUAGAGAAGAUCAAGACGAUUGGCAGCACUUAUAUGGUCGCUUCUGGCUUGAGGCCGGGAAAGGAAGAUCAGGCUGACUCCCAGAAAGAAGAGCACACGGUGGCCAUACUAGUCGAGUUUGCGAUCGCACUUAUGACCAUCCUAGAACAGAUCAACCGAGAGUCCUUCCAGAGGUUCAAACUACGGAUAGGUCUAAACCACGGCGCAGUAAUAGCGGGCGUGGUGGGCGCGCAGAAGCCGCAGUACGACAUCUGGGGCAACACGGUGAACGUGGCGUCGCGCAUGGACUCCACCGGCGUCAUGGGCCGCGUGCAGGUCACCGAGGACACGGCCAAGGUCCUCAUGAAUGCCGGCUACACCUGUGAGUGCCGAGGCCCAACCUUCGUGAAAGGCAAAGGAACGUUGACGACUUACUUCGUGAAAACACCCAAUAAUGUCUAGAUACAUUAAAACGCGGCAUGCGUUGUGUCCUAAAAACAUUUGGAUAUUAGUAAGAGCCAUCGGUCUGAUUGAUGAGUUUUGACUAGCUACGAUUUGCUACGUAGCUAUAUACAUAAUACACUACGUAUAAGCGUAUUGUCAGCAGACUGUGAACGAAACUUGCCGUUUAUUUUCAAGUUUAAACUGGGGCUCAUAGUAAGCCUGCUCACAUUCGGCGGCUUACAGUCAGUUUGUUUUGAACACGGCCUUAGGAUAGAGUUAUAUCAUCACACAUUGAAAAGAGUUUAAAUAAAGGUAUGUUUUGAUUACAAUGACCGAUUCAGUCCCGGUUAUUAGUGGCAGUGUUUCACAACUGCAACAUAGUUAUGCUAUGACAAGCCAGGCACAUUCGUUAGUGGGCAAUGUUGUUCAAGUAUGUCUAUAAUUCUGAAUACACUUACUACUAUAACCACCUAUUUAUACUUAAAUCCAUACACCCAAAGAUUGUAUGAAAAACUCGAAUCACUUUAUGGAAUAGGCACAUAUCUUCAAAGAUAUUUAUUUAAUGUGUAUAUUUUUAUAGGCCUAAUUUUACGUCAAUUUGUAAAUACUUUUAACCAUAUUUUAACUAUCAUAUAGAAGAACUUUAUUCUGUGUAGCAGGCAUAUUUUUUACUAAUCUAUUUAUACCUCUAAUUUGAACUAACGUCCCGUUUUAAAAACUAUAUAGUUAACUUAUUUUUGAUAUUACGAAGGGAGUGAUGCAAAGUAUUUCUCUCUUGUUUUUAUUAUACUUAUUUUAGUAUUUGCUAAUUUUACACGUCCUAAUACUUACUUAUAUUUAAGAACAAAGGUGUAAGACCCCUUUUUAAGAAGCCUAAGAUAAUAUUUAAUUUUAAGAAACACCAUACAUAAUACCAGUAUGCCAAAUAAUACCUAUCUAUCAAAAAUAAAUGUCAUCAUAUUUAUUAUAGUAGGUAAGUACAUCAUAUUUAAUAUACAGUAAGUAUAUCUAGUAAAUGUAAUAAUAAUACAACUCUAUCAACCAAUGUCGUUUUGAAUACCUAGUUAAAAAUCAAAUAAGCAACCACUUAUUCAUAUAAAUAAGUAAAAUGUAUAUUUAGUAAAGAUAGACCUAAUACACACAAAAUGCUGACACCAAAUCGCCCCAAUUUUUUAAAACAUGAAAUUUAAAAUUUGAACAAAAUAUUUUCAUUUUUAGUUGGUACAAUUCUGAUACGCUGCCGUUGUUAAAUGUACUUGAAUUUGGUACUAUGAUACUGGGACUUUUUCAUUGCUCGCGAGUGUGUUAGG